AUGUGUAUUUCCUACAAUGUCUCUGGCAAGCAGAGUGUGGUCCUGAAGACGACCACUCCAUGCUCAUCCAUCCAUGCAGUCGGGCCGAUUGCUGGAGCCCUCGCCGUUGCCGUGGCCAGCAGGUAUUACCAUGUUGCGAAGAACCUGUUUGAAUUCCCAACCUUUGAGGAGAUGAAAGAUGUCACGUCUUCCACACCCAUGCUUGGAUUCACCUUCUCUGUCACUCUCCUCUAUGCCAUCUUGCUUGUCAUCAGCAAAGAUUCCAUUGUCAACAAGCUCCCAUGGCUGCCAGCUGCCGCCAAGGCAAUUCAGCCCACCUACAACUCGUUGCAAGCAACAUUCAAUGUAUGGCAUGCUGCUGCAGUUCUAUUUUGUGCCUUGCACAGCGGGUACUCCUUUUGGGGCAACACGAAUCCUGAAUGGAACCCGACUAUGGGCAUGCUCUAUUGGCUGUACUUUUUGAACAAGAUUGUCGACUGCGCUGAUACUGUCUUUAUCAAGCUCAGUGACAAGAAGAAGAGUGUUUCCAAGUUGCACUGGAUGCAUCAUAUGGGACAGAUCUGGCUUGCCUACUUUGUUCUCAACAUCUGUCCCAUGGGCGACUGUUGGGGACCUCAAUUCAUCAACAGCAGUAUCCAUGCUGCCAUGUACUCUUGGUAUCUCAUGUCUGCAUCCAAGAUCCCUGCCCUUCCUCACUUUGCCAAAAUGGUCAAACCUUGCCUAACAGCCAUGCAAAUGACUCAAUUCCUGGUUCUCAUGGUACACAACUCACAAGCAAUUCGCCUUGGCACUGUUCCAAUUGAAUUGUCAGUGGGCAGUCUGGCCUGGAUGGUGUUUCUGUUUGCCAUGUUUGGCAACUUUUGGGUUCAAGCAUACACUGUCGAGAACAAGAACAAUGGGCCUUGGGAAAGUGGCAGCGAAAUGAUUACGUCGGGAAAGGUUUCUGCCAAGAAGUCUUGGAGUCUUCAGUUUUUGUGGAACGAUGCCAAAGCCAUGGAUAUCUUUUGCUUUCGCAGUGCUAAGGACUUGAUGCAAUGGAAGCAACUCUUUGAACGACGGGGACUCGUUGCCUUUGGAAUGGGCUACGCCAAGAAAAUGUGGGAUGUUAGCGAGACCGAAAAAGAAAACUUGGACGAUGCCUUGUACACAGUGUCGCGACGAAUGUAUGGCAAUCUGCGAGCUUUGAAGAAGCGAAUUCCGUACACCACAGGAAUGAGCUGGUGGCUCCAAUGUCGCAAACGCGGUGUCAAGCCCGCUCGUGAGGUCCGUGACCGUGCUGCAUCGGAUCACUACAACCUUUCCAGCCAGGUCUUGUGGGAUGCCAUGCUUGACCAAGAGACUAAAACCUACACUUGUGGCAUGUUUGCUGGAACCGAACUGGACCUCGGCAAAGCCCAGCAAGCAAAAGUGGACUAUUACAUUGACGAGAUUAUGAAAUUGAAAUACAAAACUCCCGAGGAGCGCGCGGGAUAUUCCGUCUUGGAUGUGGGGUCGGGAUGGGGAAGUAUCGUGAAUCGACUGGCCACCAAGUACCCUGAGGUGUCCAUCUCGGCGCUCACGCACUCUCCCGAACAAAUUAAGGAAUACAACCCCCGCGUCAAUGCCAUUUUGGCCGACAUGGUGGACCAUGACUAUGGCGAAAACUUGUACGACUGCGUCAUUAUGAUCGAGGUGGAGCACGUGGGACGCAACAACUACGGCCAUCUCUUGAAGAAGAUUCGCAAGAGUCUAAAGGAGACUGGAAUCUACGUCAUGCAAAGUCUCAACACGCCGCGCACUAUGCCAUUUUUCCCGGAUGCCUUUAUCGAUACCUACAUUUUCCCCGGUGGAUAUCUUCCCUCCGUAACGCUCUUGUCGGAAGCGGCAGAGACAGCUGGUCUGAAGCUGAUCCAUACGAACGAAUGGGACAAGGUCCACUAUGAGAUUACCUUUGAGUUGUGGCGUCGACGAUUCGACGCCAAGUAUCCCGAGAUUGCCAAUGCCAUCGGGGAAGAAGCUGCUCGAGCCUUUCGAAUCUACUUGGCAUUUACGCAAUACACACUGGAAGCAGGUGGAUUUGCUCCUCACACCAUGAUUUUCAACAGACGGGGACAGGGAGGAGUUUCUUCCUAUUUCCCCCGUGGUGUCCCUGGAGUUCCUCCACCCGGAGUCCCAAAGGAAGUUUUGGCCAAAUGGUUGUCAUCCAAGCGACUCUGA